GAUCACAGGGGAGGAGCACUCUGAGGAACCGGUGGCACAAGAUUCUCUCACCUGGGGAAUUCCAGCACAACCUGAAACCUUAGAAUCCUGACAACUCAAUAUCAUCUCAAACCUACAAAUGUUCUAUUCAGGAAUACCAAAGCUUGAUUGUUUUCCACCACCAUAUCGUAAUCUCUUAAUGUCAAACUUUUUCAUCAUUAGCCAGUACAAAGUUGCAUUUCCUGGAUGGUUGGUUGGAUGUCAGGGCGUUAAGCUAUUGCUAAUAGGUGUAUGAGCAGGUAGAGCAGGUUCCUGGUAGUCCUCUAAAGACUGCAUACUGCCCUCCUUCUUUCUGGGCUUAUUGUUCAUUCGCUCUCAUACAUUGGUAGCUCCUUAGAGAGCCCUUCUUGCCUUCUGAACAAGUUGUAAACUUGUGAUCACUUGAUCGAGCUUGAGAAUUAAGGAAUAUGUGGAAUAAGAGGACAGACAUGGACCAGUCUCUUAGAAUCACUGCUGGUUUGCUAUUGCUGCUUCAAGUUUUUCAUGUGGCCUUGCUUCAAGAUCCAACUGACUCUCCAGGUCGCAUUAUUGACCAAGGCUGGCUUCGUCAACCUAUCCAAUCUCAAUUAAAAAAUGGAGAUGUGGAGUCAACCAAUGGCCAAAAUAAUAGUAUUUUAGCUGGCUCUACGUUCAUCUCUAGUGGGGACGUGGAUGACAGGGAUACCCAGACUUUAAAUGGUGUGACUUUUGUCACAAUGUCACUUAAUGUGUCAUCAGAAGAAAUGGAGGACCCUGUCUCUUCUGCGAACAAUGUAUCUCUAAAUGCUAACCAAAGCACAAAUUCCACAGCAGAACAGAUUGGAUACAAUAAUUCAACAACAACUCUUCCUGAUACCACCACUCAACCAAUCACAAAGCUUUUAAACAUGUCAACGUCCAAUAUCACAGAUUUAAUCGAGACCACUACAGCAUUAGACUUCAAUGUUACAAAAGAAACCACUCCAGAAACAGGCACCAAUGGCACAACCAAUAGCACAGAAGAUAAUGGUAAAGGAGACAACGAUACAGUUAUAACUACUGCCACAAGCACCCCUACCACCAACGAACCUGAGAAAAAGCCCUCAACAGCUCCCCCAGUCACAGAGCUCACCUCUGGGACAACAACAUUAAAAAAGACCACAGGAAGUACAACAAUCAUGGCUCCCAGCACAAUUGAUUCCUUCAACUCCACAACAAUUUACUCAGCGUCAGGGAGCAAUUCAGAGAAAGGAUUUGCUGCAGAUAUAAAAAAAAAUAAAAGGAGUGAGGCAUGGGGUGCCAUCCUUGGUACAGCAGCAGCUGUGGCAUUUGUAGGACUGGUUGUCUAUGUCAUCCUCAAAAAGAGGCGUCAGCGAGAAUUCACUCACAGAAAGCUGGUUGAAGAGUUCCCCCCAGACCCAGUACUUCGCCUUGACAACAGUGAACCUUUGGACCUGAAGUAUGAUGGUUCAGCCUACUACAAUCCUGGACUCCAAAUGGACAACAUCCAAAUGACCAACUUUCCACAGGAAAUUAAAAUAACUUAAAGAUCAAUUUGGACCACCCAAGGUUGCCCCUCAAAUCUGCUGAUGCUGUAUGUCAGUAAUAUAGACUCAAGUCUGCUGUUAUUAGAGUACAGUACAGUUUUAAAACUACUGAGAAAGCUGAACCAUCUACAUUCACGACUUACUAAGUGGUUAAGAUACUGUUUAUAUUGUUGGCAUAUUUGUGUAUUAACAAAACAGACCAUUCUCUAGUAAUAGCCAAAAAGCAAUGGAGACUUGCCAAAGUAGCUGCCAUGACUAAAUUAAGAUCCCAGAAUAUGAUUACUUCCAUUCAAGGUAUAUAGUUUAUCUUUUUGAAAUCUUGACAUCUUGAUAAUUAGUCCAUAAUCUAAAUAUCUCCUUAUAGAUAUAAAUGAAAUUAUUUUGUGUUUCUUUCUUCAGCUACACAAAUUCUGCUCUCUUUAAAUCAAAUUCUGAAGAGUUCUAUGUCUUAUUAGUUCUGAAUAGUUCUGUAAUAUCUGUAAAGGUAAGGUUAUGUACAUACUGUAAAUAUGAAUGAUACACCAUGCCCUCUUCUGAACUGUAGUUUCAACAACACACCUUCUUCUACUCCAAGUUAAUUGUAUGUGAAUCAAUUUAGGCACAUUUUACCAAGUAGCUCAAAGAUUGAGACAUGCCUCAAGAAUAAUUCCAUCCAUUAAAAGAUUUUAACAAACGGUUCUUUAACAGCCACCAUUUAUCGUUCAGAGGAGGAUACUUUAAACACUGAAUAUUGACUGAAACGCUUGAUACAGUACAUAUUGUACAUGCAUGCGGCUGCAUUGACAUAUAACAGUUGUAGUGUUGUAUCAUAUGAAAUAGCACAUACUGAAGACCAUUUAACCAUGUUCUUAGUCUGGGCUGAGGUCAAAGACUUGUCUGGGUAUUUUCCAUUGGUCUCAGACAAGACCAUAGUUGUUUUAUAAAAUACAGUUUGAUUAAAAUGUUUAUCUUUUUUUUCAGAGACUCAAGAGACUCAAGCCUUGAACUAGUUUAAUAAUAAGGCAUCAAAGUCUACUGAGUAAAUAUGUUUUUGUCUUAGUUAUGUUAUGGUGUGGACAUGCUGUGUCUGGACCAGGUCUGGACCUGCUGUGUCUGGAUCUUGAAGGGCUUGGUGUGGGUGUGAGUCCUUUAGGAUUAGGUCUUGAUCAGUUUUGUUCAAGUGCAGUUUUCCCAUCCAAAUGCCACUGAAUAGUUAACAUUGGUGACAACCAAGACAGCAGUGUAAUUUGGAGCCUCUCAACAAAAAAUGCUUUAAUAAUUUAAAUUGUUCUUAUUUUUUGUUCUUAUUUAAGCUUACUUUUACUUUUUCUCAAUAGACAUAUUACGUUUCCUAAAUGGAAGUCUGAACUGUGA